UCCCUCCUCGCUCCUAUGCAAAGUCCAGCUCCAAGAUGGAGUUUUGGAGUCACCUGGAUCAAGUUACAGUGAAGAUGGAGGUUCUGUCAUUCUGCCACAGCUCCAGAGCCAGCUCCCCUCUCCCUGGGUUUAUUGUUUUCUUCCUUAUUUAUUAUGUUCACAAGAUUGAAUCAGCAAAGUUCACAGUGAUCGGACCCCAUGACCCUGCCACUGCUAUCCUGGGUCAGGAAACUGUUUUACCCUGUCACCUGUCCCCCCCGAUGAGCGCUGCAAACAUGGUGGUGAUAUGGUUCCGAUCUCAGUUGGCAUCCUUUGUGCACCUGUAUCGUGGUGGGAAGGAUCAGUAUGAUGGGCAGUUGCCAGAGUAUCAGGGAAGAACAGAGCUUUUGAAAGCUGGACUUAAAGAUGGAAACGUUCCCUUGAGGAUUCUCAAUAUCAGACGCUCUGAUGAAGGAAAAUACCACUGCUUUGUUCAAGAUGAUACUUUUUAUGAAGAAACCAUAUUGGAACUGCGAGUAGCAGGUCUGGGCUCUGCUCCUCUCAUCUCUGUUGAAGGUCACCAGGAUGGAGGGAUCCGGGUGAUUUGUCGAUCUGCUGGUUGGUACCCAGAGCCUGAGGUGCUGUGGAAAGAUUUCAAUGGGCGACAUUUACCAUCACUCUCUGAAACAAUAUCCCGAGGGGAUAACAACCUGUUUGAAAUAGAAACUGCUAUCGUUGUGAAAAAAUAUUCUAACCAAAACUUGUCCUGUUGCAUCAGGAACACCAUUCUCAAUCAAGAAAAGGAAUCAGCAGUUUAUAUAGCAGAUCCAUUUUUCCCACGGGUGAAUCCUUGGAUGGUGGCGCUGAGUGUGAUCCUGGUGGUUUUGAUUGGUUUUAUUGGCCUCACUGUUAAUCUCUUUAAAAUGAAAGGAAAACUUACUAAAGAAGUUGAGAAACGAGAUAAUGAAAUAAGGUGGAGAAGAUCUGUGGCACCUAUAGAAGAAGCGAAUGUGACACUGGAUCCAGACACGGCUCAUCCUGAGCUUGUCCUGUCUAAAGAUCAGAAAUGUGUGAAACGGGGAAACACAAGACAGCAACUGCCCAACACCCCUGAGAGAUUUGACACUGAGCCCUGUGUGCUGGGCUGUGAGGGAUUCACCUCGGGGAGACAUUGCUGGGAGGUGGAGGUGGGGGGUGGGCGAUACUGGGCUAUGGGGGUGGCCAGAGAGUCUGUGAGGAGGAAGGAAGGGAUCAGCCGUAGCCCUGAGGGGGGGAUCUGGGCUGUGGAGCGGUGGGAGGGUCAGAUCCGGGCUCUCACCUCCUCUGAGACCCCCCUAUCCCUGAGCCGGGUCCCCAGCAGGAUCCGGAUUUGUCUGGACUGUGACCGGGGGCAGGUGACAUUUAUCAAUGCUGGUGACGAGGCCCCGAUCUUCACUUUCCUGCCAGGCUUUGUCCCUGGGGAGAGAAUCCGACCUUGGCUGGCAGUGUGGUGGGGAUCCCAGCUCAGACUGUGUCCCUGUGCGGCAGGAGGGAUAACUCAGUGGGUUGAGCAUUGGCCUGCUAAACCCAGCCUUGUGAGUUCACUCCUUGAGGGGGCCAUUUAGGAAUCUAGGGCAGAAAUCUGUCAGGCACAGUGGGAUUAGUCCUGCUUUGAGCAGGGGGUUGAACUCAAUGAUCUCCUGAGGUCCCUUCCAACCCUGAUGUUCUAUGUGAGGGACCCCUUGACCCCAGCCUCACCACUGCAGAUGUUCUUGGGCAAGCUGGCUACCCUAUAAAAUAGGGGCCAUUAAACCAGCAGGUGUUUAGCUUGUGCUGCAGUAUUUGGACACCCAGUGACUGCUUAGGGUGACCAGAUGUCCCAAUUUUUGGGUCUUUUUCUUAUAUAGGCUCCUACUACCCCCCACCCCCUGUCCUGAUUUUUCACAUUUGCUGUCUGGUCACCCUAUGACUGCUGGACAAGCUCCCUGAUUUCUCUCAGUUUCAGUACUAGCCAGGACCUUAUGGAUGCUGCAGUGCAACCUUGAUUAACCUUUUUGUUUAUGGUAUCCCCAAGCAGAGAGUCCUUAGCCAGGUACCCCACUGCACAUCCAGGUGCAAUAACUGUGUAGGCAAACACGGCAUUUAUGGCUUAGCAGUCACUCCCACACAACCACUGACAUCUAAUGUACUGAGAAAACGUUGGCCAAGAUAUUCGUCUUUCCAUUUGAAAAGCAUUGUGGGAUCUUCAAUUUGUGCAUGGAAAGCCAAUGGAGACGAACAGCAGGGAACAACAUUUUGAGACACACUGUCAGGUUCAAUUUGGCCCAGAGUUUAGAUUUUGUAAAAA